AGAUCAUUUCUCUAAAGCCUCCAUGAAAGAUCAUGUUGGGGUUUCAAAGGUUUGCUCCAGAGGGCAUUGGAAACCAGCUGAGGACUUCAAACUCAGGGAACUUGUUGCUUUAUAUGGCCCUCAGAACUGGAACCUUAUAGCUGAGAAAUUGCAGGGAAGAACAGGUAAAAGCUGUAGAUUAAGGUGGUUUAAUCAGCUUGAUCCGAGGAUCAAUAAAAAGGCUUUCACAGAAGAAGAAGAAGAGAGGCUAAUGGCAGCUCAUAGAGCUUAUGGGAACAAAUGGGCAAUGAUUGCUAGGUUUUUCCCUGGUAGAACUGAUAAUGCUGUUAAAAACCAUUGGCAUGUGAUAAUGUCCAGAAAAUAUAGAGAGCAAGCUAGUGCCUACAGAAGGAGAAAGCUAAGUCAUCAUCAAGCUGUUGAAAAUGGCAACCCUUAUUUAGCUGGUUCGAAUUCAAGGGGUGAAACAAAUGGUGAAGAUUUGUUGCUUGCAGGGUCAAACUCUAAAAGCUGCAACACCAACAACACUUGUGAAAACCCCACACCCUUGUAUUUCUUUUCUGAUGAUGGUACUCGCAGAAACAGUAGGCAAUGGAAAAUGGUGCAGGAUGAAACGAUGAUAAUGCAACAAUCAUGUAAUCAUCAGGCAUCAGCUGGUAAUUUCUCCGACUCCAUGGCAUCGGCAUCUCAGGUCACGGUGAAUGAACCAUCAUCGCCAUCAGCGAGCCAUUUUGAGACCAUUACUGUACCGUCAUCUCCCACAUUUAUAGAUUUUCUUGGAGUAGGAGCUUAAUGGAAAGAACCCAAGGGUUCCUAAACCAGGUAAAAAAAAAACUAGCUGUGACAUGAUUGCAGAGGGAAAAGAGAAAGGAUCUUUGUUGAGUCAUCAGCAUGAUCUUUGUCGAUGUAAAACCAUUGUCGCAAAUUCCAAAAGU